UGAGUGGCAAGUUGUUUGUUCCAGCGAGCACCAGCUGCUCGGCACUCCGGGCUCCGCUGCCUCCCUGCCCGGCUCCGCUCCGCGCCCCGCCGGCCUCCCCCGCCGGUCCAACUUUUGCACCCUCUGCUCCCUCAUCCCCCCCCCCCCCGCCCCCGGAGCCGGGAAGGGGGAGAAGGAGCCGGGGGGGGAGGAAAAAAAAAAAAAAAAAAAAAAAAAGGCACCGACAAUAACAGCCCCCCUCCCCCUCCCCAUUCAAAAACACAAAAUAAACCCCAGGGAUAGAUGAACUACAAAUGAGAAAGAGGAAAAGAUGGAACUGCACAUCCUAGAGCACAGGCUCAGAGUGGCCAGCAUAGCCAAGGAGAGCAUCCAGUUGUUUACCUAUGGAUUAAUCAAACUUGCUUUCCUGUCCUCCAAGACGAGGUGCAAGUUCUUCAGCCUCACUGAAACCCCAGAGGACUACACCAUCAUUGUGGAUGAAGAGGGCUUCCUAGGUUUGGCUGAAAGCAGGAGCUGCCUGUGCGUGGAAGCAGUUGCUGACAUUGCAGUCCUGUCCUGGAGAUGCCAUCUGAAUAAAAUAAUGGGGUUUGGGGGUAGCAACGUUCCUCCAGUGGCACUCCCAACAGCUGUCGCAUCGCAGUUUCUGUACCAUAUAUCCAGAGAGCCCUUUAUUGGAGAGCUCCCUUCCUCGGAACACUUGAGCGUGGCCGAUGCAACAUGGCUUGCCCUCAAUGUGGUGUCUGGUGGAGGUGGCUUCUCCGGCUCCCAGCCCAUCGGAGUGACCAAAAUUGCCAAGUCAGUAAUAGCACCACUAGCUGACCAAAACAUCUCAGUGUUCAUGCUCUCCACCUAUCAGACGGACUUCAUCCUGGUACGUGAACGAGACCUGCCCUUUGUGAUGCACACGCUGGCUGCUGAGUUCACCAUCCUCAGAGUAGUGAAUGGGGAGACAGUGGCUGCCGACGACCUUGGGAUAACAAAUGGAUUUGUCAAACCAAAACUAGUUCAGAGGCCUGUCAUUCAUCCCCUUUCCAGUCCGAGUAAUAUGUUCUGCGUCACCAGCCUGGAUCCAGAUACCCUUCCCACUGUUGCUACACUCCUAAUGGAUGUCAUGUUUUACUCCAAUGGAGUAAAAGACUCGGUGGUGGGCAACGAAGACUCUGGACAUAUUCGCUUUUUCUCCUUUUCUCUCAUUGAGGGUUACAUCUCCUUGGUCAUGGAUGUCCAGACACAGCAGAGAUUUCCUAAUAAUUUGUUGUUUACAAGUGCAUCUGGCGAACUCUGGAAGAUGGUGCGGAUUGGUGGGCAGCCUCUUGGCUUCGAUGAAUGUGGAAUUGUCGCUCAGAUUUCUGAGCCUUUGGCUGCAGCCGACAUCCCAGCCUACUACAUCAGUACUUUUAAGUUUGAUCACGCAUUGGUACCUGAAGAAAAUAUAAACGGUGUGGUCAAUGCACUCCAAGUCAGUCAAGCUGAAAAGCAUUAGAAAUCUUCUGAGCUGGUUCCAGAUGCUUUUUAUUAUUAUAAUUAUUAUUAUUAUUAUUAUUAUAAUUAUUAUUAUUAUUAUUCUUUUUUUCUCACAGUAUUUCUUGAAAAAUCUGAUUCCAGAGAGUGACAUGAAAAGAGACUGUGGAAAGUUGAGCAGAAACAGCUCCAAUAAGCCUUUGUUUUAAUUAUUAUUAUUAUUGUUAUUUUAUUAAAUUUAUGAAUGAGGGGCAGGAGGAAAGGGAGUUCAGGUGGUUUCCUAACGUUCAGCUCCAAGGUGAAGUGUAACCUGCCCGCGUUCUCGGUGUGGAAGGAGCUGCCGGGGGACACCCACCUCUCCCCAAAGCGCGGCGGCGUGUAUGGCCGCAUGCGCGGGCGCUCUGCCGAGAGCUUCGCGGCGCGGCUGGGACGGAUGGGCCGCUUGCUCAGAGAGAACCCUGAAAACCGUAAACAAAAUGAAACGUGGAAUUAAACAGAAAAGACGUCGCGUAGUGCUGGCUUGUCUCCUCGCAUCAGACUUUCUGAGGACUGUCCGUCAUUGCCUAUGUUGAGAUAGGAUGAGAAUUGGGUUCUGUUUCCCCUGACAAAACUGUUUGGCGUUUGAAUUUUCCCCUUUUCCCUUUCUCCCUGCAGUCAAAGCCUGGCUGCUCCGAGAAAGCCUGGGCAGAGGGAGCAUUGCUCUGGCCCACCUUCUGGCAGGCGUCGUCGCCAAGACUUCUGUCUGCAUUGAAACUUGGCCGGUUUAGCUCAGUUUUCUCCAGUCAGCCUCCCACUGCCCCCAGUGUCCCUCCUGCCAUGUCCCCAGCUCCAGGCAGCUGCUGUCCCCUCACCCCCACACCAGAGCCGUCCCCAAGCCCUUGUCAUCCAGGGCCAGCAAGAGGAGGGAGGCAUCUUUCCUCCUGUCCCCUCGGGCUUUGUCCCAUCCACUUUGUACACAUUCACGGGGACACGAAGGAUUGCCCGGGGUCCCUGGGUAGCUGCUCCUGCGCAUCCUGGGCCACCUCGGCCAGGAGCUGCUGGGGGUUGUCCCCACCAGGGCCAGGAGGUGCCCAAGCCCUGCUGGGACCCUCCUGCAGUUUUUCAACAGCUCCUUCGUCACCAGGGUGGAAAUCAUUGCCGGCUGGGGUCUUGCCUCCCAGGGGUUUUCCAUUGGGUUCAGCGGGCAGCCCUUUUGAAAGCAGAACGCUGCUGAAAAUGCAUAAAACUGGAGGUGUUUCCUUCUGGUCCUGUUGCGGGAAGGUGAUGUGGGCUCUUCCCGUGGGGCAGAAGGAGAGUGUUCGCUCCUGGCUUGCACCAAAGCUGCAGGCCAGCGGGAGCCUUGCGUCGGGGCCCGUGGUGGCACCUGCCUCCGAAUCGCGCCCGCAGCCGCUCCCAGCACCGUGGAGGACGGCGGGGACUGGUGCUGGGGGAGCAAGCAUCACCCAAGAUGUAGGUACCAGCAGUUCUGCACCGUGCUGUGACUGUGCAGUGAGGGGUGGUGAAAAGGAGAAGCCGUCUGCAGGGGACUCUGCUUUUACAGUUAGGAGCCCGAGUGUAUCUUGCAUUUGUAGACUUCUUCCCAUUUUGUUUUUGACAUGAAGAAAUUACAGGUCUUACAGAUUUCAUGAGGGCUUUCCAGCUUUGCUUAAGAGACAGCCUCUAGCAUGAUUUUCCUGAGGCUGUGUCUUGCAGGUUUAAGCCAGGGUUUUGCAUUAAUCUGGAGGCAGUAAGCAAGCACCUGAGAUCAUGCCACAGGCAUGGUUUAUACUGGUGGGUAGGACAUGCAAACACACGCACUGACUUACAGCUCACUGUUUAGUUCUCCAUUCGCGGUGCUAGAUGUCUGAGCUUAACAUUUGUGGUUUCUGGUGCUGCUGGACCCAGACACUAAGUUUCAAAUCUUUCUGAUUUUUCAUCAGUGGGAUGUUGUAUGGCAGCUAGGCAGGGAAUCAGAGCAUCCACAGAAAAAAACAUGGGUAACUUUCCUUUGUAGGACCUAACUGAGUUAAAGCAUCCCUGCUGAGAAACACUUAGGCACAUGUUUAAUACUUUACCAAACAGUAUGUUUUGCUGUUCCUUUACAUGGGUUUUCAGAAUUGCCCCAUGAUAUGUUAUAUUUGCUCCAGAUUUCUGGAGUGAAGGUUUAUUCCAGGUGUGGCACCAUGCGUCUCUGGAUGUUUGCUUGGAAAGAUGCUUUGGGCUCCUGCCACAUGCCGUAAGGAUGCAAGCACAGGUUGUGUGGUGCAAUAUUUAAAAGCACUUGUAGAUGUUCUGUGUGAAUCUGCACAACGUCGUUGGCAGUGAGCUGAGUUGAGGGAUGCAGCAGGGUGGUCAGUAGCUUUUUACCACGUAAAUUGUUGAAGGGUUUCUCCUUGGGAUGGCAGAUUGGGGUGUUUGUAGGACUGUGCAGGAUUGUUUUGGAGAGGGAUACCAGCACAUUCGUUGGUGUACAGCUACUGAGUUGCCAGCCAGGCUUUCUGGUCGGCUGAGUUGAGCCUGAGCUUUCCCUGUGUGCAUGGACAGGGUCUUCUUUGUGCUCCUGGGUUUUGUCAGCCAUUGGAAAAUUUAUUAUUUAGCCACUUUCCGCAUCAGAGAGCAACAUGCAUUGCUCUCCAUUUGUGCUAGCGCUGCUUUCUAAGGACCACGAUAUGUACGGUAAGGAAUUACUUGAAACAAGCAACAACUUUACUGAGCCUUAAGAGAAAGCGAAAAAAACAGGUUUUAAUUUUUUUUUUUUUUUUUUUUUUAACUUUGCACUCAGGCUAUUUUAGAGGCUGAUUUUUUAAUUUAAAUUUUUCACUUUUUUCCCCAAGGGAGUCAGCCUUAAAUUUCUGAAAUCUGUAGAAGUCUUUGGGGUGUUUCAAAACUUCACAAAGCAGGUUGAUGUCCUGGCACGAGAAAGUUAGCCUGAAAAAUUCACAAGCUGUAAAAUGCCAUUGAGGGACUCUCUGUCUCUGCCAUCGUCCUCAGCUUCACUUUUUUAUUUCCUCUCUCGUUUUGUCCUGAGAACCAAGAACAUUGUUUCAGACAAUUUGGGGUAGUUUGAUGGUUUCCCGUUAGUGUUCCCUGCAUCGCUUUGCUGGUGGGAACUGAGACACUCUGAAUUUAGCCAGAAUUGGUUGAACCUUGAACCCCAGCCCUGGGGAAGGGCACUCCAGCGUGCGGUCGGGAUCAGUGCAGACUUGCACAGUGGUGUUGCUUGUGACACAUUCACUGGAUAAGGCAGGAAGGGGUCUGUAGGGGCUUUGUUAAAAAAAAUUAAUAGUAAUAAUAAUAAUAUAACACCACAGCGCUUAAUGAGCCCAAAGCAGUGGCUCUUAAAGCUGCUCAACAGCUCCCACUCUUCCGGCACCUGGCCUUUGGGAUGGGGAAAAAUUGAAGGGUCUUUUAUUUUUUUUUAAAUGCCUUAUGAUAAUAAUGUCUCUGAGCAUCCCUGGCAUUGUGCUGUUUAACACUGUGUGUAUAAAAGGAGGAACAUGUCUUAGUGGGAUGCCCUUUGGCUGGGCAUCUGCAUCACUGAAAGCCCGGGUUACCUGUCAGCCACCCGCGCUGCCCCGAGCAUUCCUGCUCGGCUGGCUGGAGAGUUUUACCUGGUCGUGGCUGCUGCUAAUCGGGGAUCACCUUAACGCUGCGGGACCCUCCCCGUGCCCUCUCGGUUCCUCUCGUUGCACAAAAAUUCACCAAACAGCGAAAUGCAAAAAGCGUUUCUAGCCCUGCAAGGAGGGGUGGGCAGGGAAGGAGAACAUAUAGCCCUCCCACCCCCUCCUUGUUUCUCUGAGGCCUUUGUUUUCUUAGGAAUUUCAACCUUUCUCAUGUUGUGUGUGUUACUACGUAGGUUUUUGUCUUUUUUCCCCCAUCCCAAUUAGAUUUUGGCUACAAAUUCCCUUCUACUGUGCAAGUGUGUGCAUAUGUUCAUAUAAUUGUAUAGUGUUUACAUAGAAAUACUUAGUACGUCUCUAUUGUACACAUAUAUAAAUACCUGUGUUUUACGUUUGUAUGGCUAUAUACUGUACAUAGCAUAUAUACUUGAGCAAUAUAGGUUAAUAUAUACUGUGUGAGUACAUGUGUGUAUACUCUAGGCACACGCUCUGUGUGUGUAUAUAUAUGUAGUAAGUGCUAUAUACACACAUUUAUUCACCAUAUAUUUUUAAUUCAAGUAUAUAGGCAAUAUGAAUACUUAGUUACGCUCUUGGGAUUUCUCGACACAUUUUUAGCGAAGAGCGGCAGUGAAGCUGACCUGGAGCAAAGCUGUGGCUCCUCUGCUUGCUGUGAGCAGGCAGAGACCCACGCUGAUUCACAGCAUCGGGUUUUCCUGCCUGCUUCAGAAACACCCUGUUCCUCUUCAGUUUGGUGCCUCCAGCACAGAGACUGUAGGGAAGUUGUUUCUUUUUCUUUAUAUAUAUUUUAGUUGCUGCUCUGAAUUGCUUCAGCCUGUAAGGAGUGAGGGUUCAUUUGCAAAGUGCCUGCCCAGAGCCUGGCUGGGGGGUUUGCAACGGGGCUUCCAGUUCCCGCAAGCACCGAGCCGGUGCCCGUGCCGCCCGCCUUUCCCCAGCGAGGCUGGCUCCGGGCACCGGCCGCGGGGAGCAUCUCCUGAACCUCCUGCCUGUGAAGUCUUCGAGGUGGCCUGGCCGUGUCGCUGCAUUUCCUCCAGAGCCGGUUCGUGGAGGUCUUGCCCGGCAUCUCCGCACGAGGCUGCGGGUGCUUGCUGCGGCUGCGUGAUUUCCCGGUAGAUGUGUCUGCUGGUGGCUCGGCGGCCAGAAGGCAACCCAUGGCUAACGCAGGGCUCUGGUAUUGCUUGGGAAACUCGCACUUGUUGGUCUGUGAGGAGCUUAAAUUAGGGGGUUAUUUUUAAAGAGAUGGACGUGUUGGAGUGUCUUUUCCUGUUAAAAGUAGGAGAGGCUGUUUGAACCCGGUCAUUGGAAGUGUGUGGUCUUUGCAUCUCUCAUCAGAGUUUCCUGCUGACCAGCAGUGCCGUUCGGGUCCAGGUGGGUAAAGGUUUUUACCCAAAUCAUCCUCUGUUUUGAUACUUUGGUUACACUUCACCAAAUGCAGUGGGGGUGCUGCCUUGCAGCUGACCUUUCGGCACUUUCAGGUUGUUGAUUUUCAGUCUGGCCCAUAAAUGCCUCCUGGCACAGGUUUGUGCGGCGUUCCGUUUCUUUUCAGAUGUUGAAGUCAGUUUGGUUUGUAGUUGAUAGAGUUUCUGAAAUACUGUGCUUUAAGUGGCAUGUAUUAAUCUGUCUUGCGUAGGGAGGCCUUAAUGGAAGUAUUUGGGUUUGCUGGAGCACAGAGAUCGUGGCACCUGCAGUGGGUGACAUUCGUGUUAAGACUUACUUAAUGGCAGUGCCAUUUAUAAAGAGCAUUCAUCAUAUAAACAUCAUGCUGCUGCUUCGAAAUGUAUUUUUAACUCCAAGCUCAGUGUUACCAUUCCCAGGGGCACAGGUAGGGAAUGCUGUUGGUCAGAGAUGGGUCAACCCUCGUCUCUAAGAAAAAGCUUGUUGGUGUCAGACCCUGCUUGUGGGGUUGCAAAUGGCACCGAGCAGUGAUUUACUCUUUUCAGACAUGCCAUGCAGAGCAGGCGUGGGGAUUUUCAGGACUGACACUUGAAGGAAAACGUUACUGGAAGGUCAUGAUUGCUUUAGCCAAGAAAAGCAUCCAAUAGAAGUUUAUCAGGUUUAAUUUUUCUGAAGCGUGACAUUUUGUCCUGCAGGUGCUGGGAGGGAAACAAGGCAGUGCGAUGUAGGGGGCAUGUAGCAGAGGAGGUUGCUCGGUGAGCACUCAGUUGUUUUCCUGAUGCUCUUGAUGCUCUCAGCAGCGUGCAAACACCUGAGAGACGCAAGGCAGAAAGCAGCUCUGCUCAGACUACGGUGGUGUGUGCGAUGCACUUGCAGGGGCUGGAUUUGCCAUCCCCAGGCGUGAGCUCCCAACACAUUCCCCCACCAGCUGCCCUGCGUGGGGACCUGUUGUCUCACAGUGUAUCCCUGGGACGAGGGUUUAAUAGCGUGACUCUGACAUCCCGUGAAGGUAGGGAAGCUGUUUGGGACGUUAAAGCCUAAAUCACGUAUUCUUGAUCAGAGUCUGGCUCUGAAAGAAGCCAUUUCCCGUCUUUCUUAGCUUUGCUGUACAAUGCUUGAAUUUGCUUCUGUUACAAAGGGGGCAACCUCCCUGGUGGAAGCUAAUGCAGCCGUUACGGCCCCGGCUGCAGAAGGGCCGUGGCUUCAGUCCGUGCUGACUUGCAGCAGCUGUGGUGUCGGCCCCAGCUUCUCUAUUCCUGUGAGCAUCCCUCCUUCUGUCUCGGCUGUUUCCCGCGGGUCUCCGUGGUAUGGCAGUAAGGGAUCUGAGGAGGUCCCUGUUAGUGGACAGGCGUGGAAAGGCGGGGAUAGCUGGAGUACCAAGUGAUGCAAAGGAAUUAUUUUUUUCUUUUGUAGUUGUGCAAAUAUGAAUGUACGUGGUUUUGCUCGUUGUUGUUGUUGUGAACACGAAAGCAUUUUUCAUUCUUCUUUUUCCUCUUUGAAUCAAAGAGGCCUCCUCUCCCUGCCCAGCUUCCCCACUCAGCCCAGUGACUCCCUGGGGAUGCAUUUGUCGCAGUAGCACCAUCCCAGCAAGGGUGGCACGAGCCCUCCCAAACCCCCAGUAGUCAGAAGAUCUUCCGAUGCUCAACCUCGCCCUGGGGGAAAGCCUCCAAGCAUCACUAUGUGUUUUGAGGUAGCGGUGGUGUGAGGCACUGUGGCCGGAGGGUUUAGUCACAUCCGUGUGGUUUUUCCCGUCCAUGUACCCACACGGACUGUUUGAGAGCACCGGGGCAUUCAAACUCCCUAGUUUAGAGGUCAGUGACUGGAGUAGAAGGUGCCGGGUCCUGCGUUGGCGCAGUCAGUGCUCAGUAAGAGCAAAUGUUCCUGUCUUGGCACUGGAUAAUUGGUAUUUUCUGACAAUGACAAGGGAGAAAUUCUUCGUUCAGCCCAAGCCUGAGCGUCGGCUGCUAGCUCCCGAGUGAAGGUGUCUCACAGCAGUAUUCGGUGAUGGACAAGAAAUCAUUCUCUGAUGAGGAUUUCUUUUCUCUCUGUUACUAUGACUAUUGUGGACAUCUCCAGUAAGCAGCUUAAGGCAUCUCACUUACCUGUUCCAGUCCUGCCUGCAAACGUUGGAUUGGAUUAAACUUUUAUUACCUGCUAGAGAGUAAAACCCAGUAAUCCUUUGCCAAAUAGUAUUUACAUUUUAUGGCAUGUGCUGGGGUGUGUUUACAUUGGCCGAGAUAGCAGAUCUGCCUCCAGAUUUAGAUACCUUCUCCCCAUGAGUGCAUCUGUCUGUCUGUAUGUACCCUGCGUGGGCCAUAUGUGUCAGGGGCCAGCAAUAUCCCUCAGGCAUCCUGGCAGCACUGAGCCGGUACAGAAAUGCUCCAUGCGCAUCCCCAGUGAGGGCUGUGGGAUCUUCCAUGGGCACCUGGGAGGGAAAUGCUCGACUGUGAAUCUUGAGUUUUUCUGCUGUCUUCAGUCCCUGUUUUCCAUCCCUCGGCCUUCUCCUUUAAUCUUCACGAAGCACAGCUCGGUUGAAAUACAAGCUCCAGUUAGUGCAGGGGAAGAACAGGGGACAUGUACUGGAGGCUGAUCAGCAAAGCCUGGCUGCAGCAGCAACAGCCCCUGCAGAAGCUCUGGUAAGUGUGGAGCAAUGCACAGGCCCUGUUUUAAGCAGGGGCAAUAAAUGAAGUAUGUAUCAAACAAAGUAUAUUCUAAUUUUAGGGUGUGAACGUGCAGAGAAACAUACCUCUUUGGAACAUAUCUAGCCAAGAUGUCCCUUUCUUGGUCUCUCUAGACAGCACCAGCCAUUUCUCCGUCAGGUUGGGAAGAUAAUUUGUAUACCGAAGCCUAGGACUGAAUGUUACCUUGUAAUUGCAGAUUACAUGUAAUAGCUUCUCCCCGCUCUGUAAUUCCCCUGCGGAGCUUACCUAUGCCACUGCCUGCCCCGGGUUUGGUGAGGGCCCGACCAUGAGGGAACACAAACCCCAGACAGCUCAUCCCAGCUGAAAGCCCCUAAGUUUUGCAGCUGAGGCGCAGGCAGCGGCGGAGGGAUGGCAGCCGCACAUCUCCUGCCCCGGCUGCGUGGCUCAAGCGUGGCCGUGGCCGUGGCCAGCUCAGCUCCGCCACGGGCUGCGCGAGUGGUGGUGUGGUUGCAAACCAGCUGCUUAAAUCCCUGGGGUCCCUUGGUUUUUUUGUUUUCAUCCUUUUUUAGCUUUCUGCAGAAUUUUGUAAAUGAAUUGUGGGUGGAUUUUGGAUCGGAGAUGAACAGAGUUGCCCAGCAGGAAUCUGGCAGGAUUGAAGUUUUGAAAAGUCUGCGAGCACAGAGCAGGAGCACUUUGCUCCCCUCUGUCUUGGCUCUGUCCUCUGCCUGUAGCAUAGGAGAGCUCAUCAGCUCCCGAGUGUCCCUUUCUAGGCAGACCCAGUGGUUUUACCAAUCUCAUCCCAACCCUAAAAGAUGAUGCCAGAAAAAGGGCUCCUUUCAUCCUUUGUUUUGGGGGGCUGGUUGCUUUUUUCCUCCCUGUGUGGAUGUGGCAGAGGCAGUGUCUCUCUUGCAUGGCGCAUUUGGGAAGAUGCUGUCAGAGGCUGGCUGUAGUUUGGGGUCCCCCUGCUCUGCCCAGCUUUCUGCUGCUAUCUCAGCGUCUUGAGGAUUUGAAACCAGCUUUCUGCAAUUAUGGUAGUAAGCUUUUUCUUUUUUCCAAAGGAUUCCUACCAGCUCAUUUGUAACUUGAAAAACAUAGUUUUCCAGGUACCUGAUUCCCUUGUGGGAAUGCCACUGGAAGCAUCCCGCUUGCCGGGAUAGCUGCUGUGAGCAUUAAUGCUCCUUCAGGCUCUGAAAGAGGAGUUCAGCCCCCUUUGCCUGCUGAAACACGCUGAAGCAGCCACCAGGCUCAGGCUGGCGGGAGGCUGCUCUGGGGAACAGGUCACACGGGAGAUACAGCCCUGGCAAACGGAGCCGCUUCGCCCUCUGUGUCCUCACUGCCCGCACAGAGUCGUUCCCAUCGGCUGGAAGGAGAUGUGGAGGGAAUUUCCCUUUUGCUGAAGAAAACCAGUGGUCUCCUGUUUGGGUUUGUGGUCGGUGGGAAGAGCGAAAGAGCAUUUGCCGCGUGGGAAGCUGAAGGAAGGGGCGAGGGGGUUGUAUACAUAGGGCAAAGGAGAAAAAACCCACAACCUUUUGUUGCAUUUGUUUCUUGUAAUUAUUUUUAAGGCCAGCCUUGUGAUUUUUUUGAAUUUUUGAGGUCACUGAAAUUACCUAAAGAGCUGGCUCUGCUGCUACAACUGUGGGAACUGCAAACCUUCCUAGGGCGGCAUUGCCUCCAGGUAGGGGGGUGCAGGGACCCUUCCCACCGCAGCUCAGCCCUGAGGCACGGGUGUUCAGGGUUCUCCCAGCCAGCCAUGCCAUUCGCGUAGGCAGGCUAUUUAACUAGCCCUGAUCUUGAAGAAAUCACUGAAUUUUGAACGCCUCCUUUCUGGGAGCACCCGUCUUGUUUUCCCUCGCAGUGUGUUUGUGAGUUGGUGCUGUUUAGCAGGGGUCAGUGCUGGGGCUGGGAGGUUCAGUGUACGAAAAGGACGGCGCUGCAAUAGGAGCACACAGUUUUUUUCCUUUGACCAUUAGGAACAGACGCUGUCUGCUCCAGCUCAAUGACCUUGGCCUUGUUUUAGUUUUAUGGUAGAAAUAAAACAUGAAUCGUGCCCUCACUCUCUUCCAAAACCUGCCUGCCAGGGUCCCCUCUCCCAGCCCUGCGUGACCCAAGCCACACUGUCUCAGUUCUUCCUUCCUCCAGGUUUUUAUUUGCUCUGUAUUUGUGAGCUGCUCCGAUAGCCUGGGGGAACGGAGGAGCACAUCAUGUUCCUGGGGCAGGGGUGCUUUUGCAGCUCCCCAGAGGCACUGGAAAAGUCUUUUCCCCGUGUUUCUGGUUGCGCUGGAGCCAGGGCUGCCCUUGCCUCUCACCUGACAACGUCGCUUCUACUACUGCUAAAAAUAAUCAUGCUAAUCCGAUGGCCGUUGAUAGUAGGGGUGCGAGAACUGUGUUUGAGUGCUGUUAGUGCUGGGAUGAGGGGCCUGGCAAUGCAGAGGGUGGUGGCACUCGCUCGCCUGCCCCUCGCCAGCCCAGGGCUGUGCUCAGUGUCACAGCCAGCGUGGCCCCGUCCCCUGUCCCCGCUGCCUGCGGCUGGGUCACUCCUCCUGUCGUCCCUCCCCUGUUCGCGGGCUGCAGGCUUGGAUUUGGGGUUCGUGAGACACGAAGUUGAGGUGUGGGCCGUUUGUUUGAGCACCUUGGCAGCCAUCCUCCUCCUCCUCUGCGCUGCCUCUGCGGCAGCUGGGGAUGGCAGCGAUGGCAAGGGGACGCUCAUCCUGCCGACCCAAGUGGUUGGAAGGCCAUGGCUCUUGGGACAGGCAGGGGAGGAGGAGGCUGCCGGGCAGUGACUCACGGCAGGAUCUGGCUUUGGAUGCUCCGAUUCAGCCUUUGGAAGAGCCUGUCUCCCUCCCUCUCCAUUAACUCCUCAGGUAGCCUGCUGUCCCCUUGUUUUCGCUAAAAUUAGCGGGGGUGAUGACCUCAGUUUGGUGAACAUACUCACCUGCUCCCACCACCGAGCCAUGCCAGCAGGUCCUGGUGGUGCUGGGAUUUGAGGUCUCCUCAGUGCCACAGUGCCCGGGGAACUCACUCUGGAUCUGCAGCCCUCCCUCACAAAUGUGUCUGGCUGCGGUCCUGUGGCACGGCGCUGGCUCACGUCACUUGUCUCCUGCUCUUUGGGCACCGUAAGGCACCUGGGAGGGUUCAUUUGGAGGGAGCCUCGUCGUCCUCCUCAGUGCUUAGGGACAGAUUUUUAGCUCAGUUCCUCUGGGCUAAAAUGCAGCGAGCUGUUGCCCUGUGGGGUCACGGUGCAGGUUUACGGUGUAACACCACUGCAUUGGGCACGUUCAGAGCUGGGCGGGUGGGGGUCAGCCCUUCCAUGGCUGUAGUGCAUCGCCACUUUAUUCGUGUCUCAACUGGCUUGAACAAGACUAAGCAUUUCUCUCUUUCUCCCCUUUUCUUGGACUUAAGAAGGAGCCCAACUUUUCCCCAGAUGACCAGGAUGGCCAUAGCAUUAACCAAAUUUCUAGAACUGCCAAGAGAGCAGAAAGGCUCCUGGUGCAGCAGCUGCCCAGCUCAGAGCAGGGUCUGCCCCUCUGCUCCCUGGUUGCCUGCAACGGCCAUGCUGGGCAGCCUGGGGAGGAAACACAAAUCUUUAGGACCUUCUUUAAAAAAGUUAUUUAUGUAUCAUUUUCUCUGUAAGUAAAAUACCACUUCUGGCCUCAGACACCCACCAAACUGGCUGAAGUCAGGCUGGGGACAUGGGCAGCCCUGGGCACCCCAACCUCCUGCAGCCCCUCCUCCCUGCUCACCUCUCUCAGAAACCCCACGGGAGCCUUUCCUUUGGGGGGGGGAGCAAAAAAAAAAAAAAAAAAAAAGUGUAUUUUUUCCCUUUAAUUACCAAACUAAUGCAAACUGUCUGGGGGGAGGGUUCACCCUGUGCAGGGGCCUGUGCUGCACCCCCUGUUCCGGGCUGCCAUCGUGGGAAGGCUGCUCGUGCCGGCUGGCCGUGCGGGCAAUGCCGGCUACGCUCGGUGGGGCUAGGCAGCGGCUCCUGAGAGCUCAGCAGCCCAAGGCAUAGGGGAGACCAAAAACAUCAGUGGCCCUCGUGCCGGCCUCUGCGCAAGGGGGAAUAUUGUGCCAUGGAGCAGAGGGAGUGGUGGCAGCAGCUGAGGCUCGUGCUCUGGGCAGGAAGUGUGGAGCUGAGAAGUGGAUGCUUUGCUUUCCCAGCGAGUGCACACGCUUCUUUUCUUUGCUGGUCUUAUGCUGAAAAGCUGAGAUUUAUGUACUGUAUGGAGAAAAAAAAAAAAAAAAAAAAAAAAAAAAAAAAACAGAAAAAAAGAAAAAAAUCCUAAUGUUCCAAAAUAAAUGACAGUAUAUUUUGUACUUUGUAAAGUGUUAAUUAAAAUGAAAAAGAAUAAAAAGUGAAACAUACGCUGUCUGCUUUUGUACUGAUCAAACUGAUGAAAAUAAAGCAGAGCUUGGCAUUGUC